AUUACCCUGUAAAUUUCCUUAAUCAUUCUCUUCUAAUGGAGGUGUUAAGGUUUGCCAUUGACCAACCAACUUCUUAACGGCACAAACGACCUUCCCAAACGAGAAAUCACGGCUCUCUGGAAAGCCCUUUAAAAAGUUCCCCUUUGUCCCUCGUUGUAAUGCAUGUCAACUUCACGCGACUUCUUCUCGAAACUUCCUCGCUCUCUGUUUCUUCUUCUUCUUCUACUUCUUCUCCUGUUGUUAUUUUGUUCCUCCAAUCCACGAUCAAGAAUCUCUUUUGACUGCUAGUUUACAUAACCUGUUGCUUUAAUUUUUCUUCACACUCGGGAAAUUCAAUUCGUACACGAAAAGUAUAAAGCUUUAAUUUUGCGGCGGUGAUGGAUUUAGUUUACCAUGUUAAGGAAGAGUAUCCGGGAUCGAGUUCGUCGGCGGGGGGCGGCGGGGGAGGCCCGCCGGUGAUACCGCCGCCGCAGCCGAUGGAGGGGCUUCAUGAAAUCGGGCCUCCGCCAUUCCUGAUCAAGACUUAUGAAAUGGUGGAUGAUCCUGGUACUAAUCGUGUUGUUUCUUGGAGCAGAAGCGGCCACAGCUUCGUUGUCUGGGAUCCUCACGCCUUCUCUACUAAUCUCCUCCCCAGAUUCUUCAAGCACAAUAACUUCUCCAGCUUCGUCCGCCAGCUCAAUACUUAUGGUUUCAGGAAGAUUGAUCCAGAGAGAUGGGAGUUUGCGAAUGAGGCGUUUGUGAGGGGGAACAAGCAUAUGUUGAAGAACAUAAGGAGGAAAAAGACGCCGACUUCCCAGGCCGUUCCGGCGCACGCAGUGGGGCCGUGUGUGGAAGUAGGGCGGUUCGGAAUCGACGCAGAAGUGGACGGAUUGCGGCGAGACAAGCAGGUGUUGAUGAUGGAGCUCGUGAAGCUCCGGCAGCAGCAGCAGACCACCCGAGCCUACCUGCGAGCAAUGGAGCAAAGGCUACUAGGCACGGAGAGAAAACAGCAACAGAUGAUGAAUUUUCUCGCCCGAGCCAUGCAAAAUCCAGAGUUUCUGCAGCAAUUGCUGGCGCAGAAGGAGAAAAGGCGAGAGCUUGAAGACGCAAUUACAAAGAAACGCCGCCGGCCGAUUGAUCAAGGGCCGAGUCACAGCCGGGCCGCCGCCGUUAAACCCGAGCCUUUAGAACUGUCCAACGGAGACCCGUACGGAUUCCAGGUCUCAGAACUGGAAGCCCUCGCAUUGGAAAUGCAAGGAUUUGGCCGAGCAAGAAGAGAGAUAGAGGAGGAGAAUGAUGAGCAUGGAUUUGAACAGUUUUCGAGCGAAAGCUCAUAUAAAGAACUGGAUGAAGGAUUUUGGCAGGACUUUUUCAAUGAAGGAUUCGAUGAAGCAUUGAAGGAAGAAGGUGAAGAGGGAGAUGUCAAUGUUUUGGCAGAUAGGUUAGGUUUUUUGGGUUCAAAUUCAAGUCCUAAGUAAUAACUUGGAGUCGAUGUGGGAUUGUAUCACGGUAUGAUCGCUCUCAUUCUCAGAAGCGGAUCGAAUCAUGGCUCUGGUCCUGAAAGAGUUGAUGUGGGAUCGUAUCAUCGUCCCAGCAAGGAGGGUCACAUUAACUAAUGUAUUCAAUCUCAUGAUCUCGUGACUUGUGUUUAAUGCUAUAUAGUGUAUCUGUCUUGUUCUUGUAGUUAGGUCCUUGCCCGAAGAUGAAGCUCAAAGUAGAAACGCUAGCUGGAACUGGUUCUCAUCAUCUCAAAUUCUCAAAACACCUUGGAAACAUUCGUCAAAAAGCAUCUAUCCCCGACCACGAAAAAACCUCGUUUUCUGGUGUUUUCAACUCCUCUUAUUACCUUUUAAUGCUAAUAGAUAGCUAGUUCAUCUGCCGCAUCUCUGCCCCUUAACUCUUUGCUCUUUUUAUCCUACUGCAGACUUCAGGUUUUUGCUUGGAAAGAUUUUCUUGAAUUGAAGCUCAUCUCCUCAUGUCUAAAGGUUACUAUUUUAGUAUGUUUACAUUCAAUGAUACUAUAAACUAUAUGUUUUUUAUGUCAAUAAAACUCAGCAUAUUUAGAUUCGACUCUCAUCUCCUCCAUCCAGUUGACUCAUACCUAGAAAUGAAAGAAAAAGGUGCACAGUAGAGCAUAGUUGGUUUCACUGCACAUUCAGGUAGUGGGGGAUAUUUUUCAUAAAUCAAAUAAGAGCUCACUAGGCAUUAUGCAUGUCACAUUUUAAUUUGAAUCUCACCUAACUCGUUACGCAUGUCA